AUGGGAGAGAAGCAGGAGUGGCUAGCCCGCAUGGAGCAGGAGAAUCUCUCCGUACGACACACCGCUCGUUUGGCCGGGGUGCAGCCAAUCAGCGUCCGCCGAUGGAUUAAGGUGGCGGAGCGGAUCAAGAAAGCAGAUCCGAGCAGGCGCCGCCUCGGAGUGGUCAUCAAGGCGCAGGAGCGAGGUUGGAUGGAUUCCAAGCUCGUCGAGGAGUGGGUGAACCAGAUAUUCCUUCCUUUCAUCAAGCCUCCCGCUGGUCGCCGUUGCAACGCCGUAGAUGGAAAGGAGGAUCACCUCAUCCUCGCCCACAUGCGGGAUGGUGGCGAGGUUGAGGUGGCCGAUGAUGUUCACACCGCUCCUGAGGUGGAGGAGUGGGUGAACCCCCUCUUCGCCACCGCCGCUGAGGACGCGGCGGCGGCUGAGGCGAUAGAUCACGAGGAUUGUGGGGACGUGCCGCCUGAGGAGGAGGAGGAGGAGGAGGAGGAGGAGGAGGAGGAGGAGGAGGAGGAGGAGGAGGAGGAGGAGGAGGAGGAGGAGGAGGAGGAGGAGGAGGAGGAGGAGGAGGAGGAGGACGACGACGACGACGACGACGACGACGACGACGACGACGAGGACGAGGAUGAGGAGGAGGAGGAGGAGGAGGAGGAGGAGGAGGAGGAGGAGGAGGAGGAGGAGGAGGAGGAGGAGGAGGAGGAGGAGGAGGAGGAGGAGGAGGAGGAGGAGGAGGAGGAGUGA